UGUCCUUAUUACAGUAACGCUGGGACAAGGACUACCAACAUUCCACUGGAGGAAUGUAAACCAGGCUAAAUAUCUCAGAGACGUAUAUAAGAUCCCCGUGUGUAUGUGUGUACUCAAAGAGAAUGUGCAGAUGUACCAGGAUCGACGCAUGGAAACUUCUGGAAAGAAACAUUACAGUCUCGUGAUACAGAUGUCACAAAGGACUAAUAUUUCAUCCUAAUUUCGAGAAGAGAACAUUUCCCUGUGGACAAACUGCUGUUUGAAGGUAGUGUGUGUUAUUCGUUCUUCAAGUGUAACGUACUCCCAAUCGUCUCCCAAUCAUGUAUAGAAGGAACGGCUUCGAGAGCCGGCGGCUGCAGCGGACCCCGCGUCUGGAGAUGGCGGUCUGGCAGGAUCUGAUGAGUGACACGGGGCACAUGCACAUGCCCGGGUAUGACCCCAGUGACCCUUACAGCUGCACGUGCUACCCCAAGCCGUCCAGCAUCCAGAUACCGUCCAUGGUGUACGACGAGAUCCGCUGCCCCCACCCCGAGAAGCACCACCUCCAGCCGGCCCAGGACGACGUGUUCGCGUAUCCAUGGACGGUGCAGACAUAUGAGCCUCCGUUUGCCAAAAACUCCUUCAGACCAAUGAGCCUUCCACCAAGGCCGCCGAUGUCGGCUAAAACCGCCCCGCCGUACGUUGGCAUGGAUGUCAAGAAACCGCAGAGAGUCACCCCUCCUCCUAACUCAGCGCCUGAAAAGGUCAAGGUUCCGAAGCUGAACCUAAAUCUCCUUGACCAGCCCGAUAGAGCAAAGGUGGUGACAACGCCGACGUUAACGACUAUCGGUGAAGGUCCUGAUGACUUCGCGGAGACGAAGGGGAACUACCCUACGAUCACCCAGUACGACAGCGUCAGCCAGGUCCUCCAGAGACGUUACUCCUCCUAUUACCGGAACCCGGGGCCCACUCCGCUCAAGUACAAAGACCCUGACCGCAACAUGAUGAGGAGGACCCCGGUGCGAGAGCCCCCUUACAAGGGCAUGCCGCCCAGGACAAGGGAGGUAAUCACACGGGACCUCCCCACCAGGAACAGUGCCUACUACAGCAGGUUCGAGUACAGCCCCCCACCCCAGGUACAGGGCAGCCCCGGGAGGAGAUCCUACACGGCCACUAUGGAUCCAGUCCCCACCAGGCAGUUCGAGGGACAUUACGUGGACCCGAAGACGGGGAAGGAAUUCAAGUAUGACGUCAGAUAUGGAAAACGGGACCUUGAGGGCAACAGAAGUCUGAUCACAGCCUGACCAACUGACCACUGACGAUGACAGGUCAACAGCCUGGCAUCAUCACUUUUCGGAGAGCUACACGGUUGGGAUGGGCAGUGUAAUAGGAUGAAGAUG